UAUCAGUGUAGUAUCUAAUAAAAAUAUGAAAUUGAAGGAUGUAAAUACCAGCAGCAGUGGGAAAAGCGCGGAUGUUUCGUCCCGGUAGACAGUAUAAAAAAGUAAUGCACCCUGACAAUGCCGUGUGCCUAUACAUCGUUAUUAAUGCAAGAAUGUUUCAGGCUAAAGGGACAUCUGAGAAUUCUGAGCUGACGACAUGCUGUAUUUAGUUAUUCUUGGAGAGAAGAUUUGCGGUUACGUUAGACACGACGGUAAAAAUAUGGAUUUAUUGCCGGUGAACUUUUACGUUCUUCGUUUCUGCGGAGUGUGGAAGGAACGUAAGGAUGGCAACUUAAUAGUACGUUCCGUCAGCUUCUGCUACAGGUAUACAGUCGCAGCUUUAAUAUAUUACUUCACGAUAUCUGAAAUAAUCGAGCUCGUACGUAUGAGGAACAACGUGGAGGACUUAACGGAAGGUCUAUUCCUCGCCAUAACUUUCAUGACUCUAUCCUUAAAGUACUUCAACUUUUUAAUGCGACAGUGCGAAUUACGUGCUCUGCUAAAUUGUUUUCGCGCCAAGAUGUGCCGGCCAAGAGAUUCCACGGAAGUAUCGAUACUGAAACAGUACGAUCGCAAAGCUAAGCAGACCGCCUGUUUCUUCAUGUUUAUGUGUCAAGUAACGGGUGCACUAAUGCUCAUAGCGCCCCUGUUGACUAAUAAUAAGGACGAGAGAUCUUUGCCGUGCAAAAUGUACGUACCGUACUCCAUUGCGACGUUUCUUCCUUACGUGUUAACUUAUCUUCAGCAAUGCGCAACUUUGAUUUACGGAAUUCUGCUGAACGUCUCCUUCGACUCUCUCGUAUAUGGCCUUAUUAUUCAUACCUGCGGGCAGAUCGAGCUUCUGUGCUAUCGUUUGACGGAAACGUUCCGAUUUCUUCGAGAGAAUAAUAAUGAAGAGAAGAAACGCGGCAGCAUCGAAAGUUCCGCGAUCGCGGAAUGCGUCAAGCAUCACAUUUCGGUUUAUAACAUCACAAACAGGAUACAGUCUUUAUUCGUGUGGACUACCACUACUUUGUUCUCUUUCAGUCUCAUUACUCUCUGCACCAGCAUCUUUCAAAUGUCUAAGAAAGACUUUUUCAGUCCUGAAUUCUUCACUCUCAUAUUGUACUUGGGAUCAAUGAUGUUCCAAGUAUUCACAUAUUGCUGGUACGGUAACGAACUCGAUUUAAAGAAUAAAAGUAUCGCGCAUGCUAUUUAUACUAGCGAUUGGACAAUAAUAUCGGCCAAGCAACGUAAAAAUUUAUUGUUCGUUAUGAUGAUGAGCCAGAGAGGAAGAAUACUGUCUUUUUAUGGAUUCUGCGCGUUAAUCCUCAGCACUUUCACGUGGAUCAUAAAGACGUCCUACUCUGCUUUCAACUUGUUGCAACAUGCUUCAAAUUAGUACUUCGCCUGCUGUAGUAUAGUACCGCUGUCUUAAUCUGACAGAUGUGUUUUUAUACAAUAUUUAUAAUAGCACAGAUAUAGGAUUUUAAAAUAUUUUUAUAUUAGAAACUUUGUUCUGUAGAUAGUCUUUUUAAAAGCACACCAUACUUACUUAU